AUUAUGGGUUACGCAUGGCAGCGUGCCUGUUAUUUUUUUUUUCCUGGAACACCUGCUGUUUUCGCCAAAUUUGUCGCUUCCGUUUCUUAGUCAUUUAAUUUUUUGUCUGACGUCAUGCAGCUGACAGGUGACUAACACGUUGGGCUGAAACUUGCGCCGAGGAAAUGGACGAAUUCAACUUUACAGAACAUCAACACGUCAGGUAUAAUCCUCUCAAAGGUGAAUGGAUUUUGGUGUCACCUCAUCGUUUAAAGAGACCAUGGAGUGGCCAGGUAGAGGCAACCCUUGAAGACGAAAUACCUCCAUUUGAUCCCAACAAUCCUCUCUGCCCGGGAGUCAACAGGCCCAAUGGAGAGAAAAACCCAGAAUAUGAUUCAACCUUUGUCUUUGACAAUGAUUUCCCUGCCUUGUUGCCUGACAUCCCAGAAGCAGCAGCUUCCAAUCAACCAAAUGAAGAACUGUUCAAGUUUGAACCUGCCAGGGGAACUUGCCGUGUGAUGUGCUUCCACCCAAAAUCAGAUCUAACGAUCCCACUGAUGAGCAUAGAAGAAAUCGAGGCCAUCGUUUAUGAAUGGAUUAAGCAAGGAACUGAAUUGGGUGUCAAGUACGAUUGGGUGCAGAUCUUUGAAAAUAAAGGCGCCAUUAUGGGAUGCUCGAACCCACAUCCGCACUGCCAGAUCUGGGCAUCGUCUUUCAUGCCCAACGAGCCGAGGAUCAAAGAUUCGUACCAGCGGGAAUACUACGAGACCCACGGCCGACCUUUGCUGCUCGAUUACAUCAAUGCCGAGUUGAAGAAGCAGGAACGGAUCGUCGUUCAGAACAGCCACUGGCUAGUCGUAGUUCCUUGGUGGGCUAUCUGGCCGUUUGAAACGCUGUUGUUACCACUCCGUCACGUGAUCCGGAUGUGUGAUUUGACGUCGGAGGAGAUCCACUCGUUGGCUGAAAUAAUGAAACGCCUAACGAUCAAGUACGACAACUUGUUCCGGACAAGUUUCCCAUAUUCCAUGGGCUGGCACGGAGCUCCCACUGGCCGCAAGGCUCUUUCCAACAAUCAACAUUGGCAGCUGCAUGCCAUGUAUUACCCACCGUUGCUUCGAUCUUCGUCCGUCAAGAAAUUCAUGGUCGGGUACGAGAUGCUCGGCCAGGCCCAACGAGAUUUAACUGCCGAGCAAGCGGCUCAAAAGCUCUUCAGUCAACCGGACGUUCAUUACAAAGCCACGAUGUAAAAUAAAAAGUAGGGCUCCGUCUCAUCGGCGGCUCUGCUGCGGUAGUAGUACACACUCUUAUGUCGAGUCAAUGAAGAAACCACAAGAGUUUGCAUGCGGUUUUCCUGGCAUUAUACACUACAGUUGCUAUGCGGUGCUGGGAGCUAUCUCUAUAUAUGUAUGGAGAAAGCCCAUCCGGAAAUAAACGAAUUGUUUAUUGA